AUGAAUUCAGCAUCAGGGCCUCGAACGCAGAAGCAGAAGCAGCGAAAUGACGAGAUGCUUACCGAAAAAUUGAGGAAACGCACGAGGAAGAACAACAAGAUAAUAUUCCUCCCAGAUGCAUCCUCGCCUUUCCCACAAAUCCCUACCCCGACUAAGCGCCAUUCUUUGCAGCUUCAAGAUGAUGAUUUAGUGGUUAUGGAAAAAUGUUUGGAUGAAGACGGUGACACUGCUGUUACGCCUAGAAUUAGUCUUUGUUCAAAUGCUAUCUCUACUUCGCCUUCGUUAUCAUCACUAAUGGACGCUGACCAUGAGAGCUCGGAUUAUGAGCUUCAUCAAAGUGCGGGCUGUCCCCCUUGCGGAACUCCGGUUGAAAGGGAGGUCUUGCCAACAAUCGUCGUUCUGCCAGAUAUCGAGACCGUCCGGACGGUCUUCUGUGUCAUCUUCCUCGUCGUUGCGACGGCAUUUGGUGGUGACAGCCCAUUCUUUGAAUUUCAGCUGGAUGAAAAUGGAUCAAACCAGUCCUCAGAUACACAGGCCGUUUUACUUCCAGAUUUACCAACGAUUAGUGCCCAGCCUGAAGUUAUGGACCUUUCGAGAUAUCUCAAUGAUACGGCAGCGUUAAACAUUGACCCAGUGCCACUUGGCGUCUCUGUAUCUCGUCGGGCUCUGUCCAAAUCGUUCGGCCUUCCAGGAAUGGGAUUUUUAUGGACAUCAAGAAAUAAGCAGCACAGGUUCCUUACCCCUACGUACGAUGUGUAUCCUGACAUGCCACGCUACCCCGGCGCACCCGGUCUGCUCCUCAGCUGUCGUGAGGAGGUCUCCAAUAACGCACCGUGGUCAUUGUUUGGCAAAAUCGAGGCCAAGAAAAAACCAAUGUUGGAAUAUCGUGGCGAGUACAAAUGCUACGUCGUAGGACAGAUGACCAGAGAGGAAUUCACCGCUCAGGAAUCCUCUGUCAAGCAAACUUGGGGCAUAAAGAUUGCAAAACACAAGAGGUAUUCUGUAUAUCGCGACAUGCGCGCGCGGAUGACACUUCGCCUACGCUAUAACAACGAACCUACUGAGCGAGAAAUCAUUGAAGAAUCCGAGCUUAUCAAUGGGAGGAAAUAUGCUAGCCCAUUGACGAGUGACGAUGUCAUAGACGCUUUUGAAAGGGGCGACGAGCAUAUCAAAAUCGUCAAAAUCGUCUGCGUUUCAUACAGUCACCGACGUGCCCAAGAAUUUUUGAACGCCCAAACCAACCUAGAGGCGGUGGACGCAGCCAGUCGGGCAUGCAAAGACACCACUGUAGGAAAUAUGAGAAAGAAUAUAUCGACUAUUCGUCCUUCCACGAACGUGAAGAAAGCGCGGUUGGUGUGGAGUGACGACAGUUCUGAAUCUGAAUCUGAUUCAUACGCGGAGUAUUGA